CCCACAGCCUCCUCCCGGGCGCCGCGAGGGCGGUGCGGCGGCGGCGGCGGGGGCGGGGCCGGUCUCACCCGGAAUGAAAAUAAACGGCGGCCACUGCCGCAUCCGGGCACUCGGCAGGUCGCAGCGGGCGCAGCGGCGGCUCAGGAUGGCACAGAAGAAAUAUCUUCAAGCAAAAUUGACCCAGUUUUUAAGGGAAGACAGGAUUCAGCUUUGGAAACCUCCGUAUACAGAUGAAAAUAAAGAAGUUGGUUUGGCAUUAAAGGAUCUUGCUAAGAAGUACUCUGACAAACUAGAAUGUUGUGAAAAUGAAGUAGAAAAGAUAAUAGAAGAAAUACGUUGCAAAGCAGUUGAACGAGGAACAGGAAAUGAAAAUUACAAGACAACCGGGGUUGCCACAAUUGAGGUGUUUUUACCUUCAAGAUUAAGAAAAGACAGGAAAAACUUACUGGAGACCCGAUUGCAUAUUACUGGCAGAGACUUGAGGUCUAAAAUAGCUGAAACCUUUGGAUUUCAAGAAAAUUACAUCAAGAUUGUCAUAAAUAAGAAACAGCUUCAACUAGGGAAAAGUCUGGAAGAGCAAGGAGUGACUCACAAUGUAAAGGCAAUGGUGCUGGAGCUUAAACAGUCUGAAGAGGAUGUGAGGAAGAACUUCCAGGCAGAGGAAGAAGAACAGAAUGAGGCAGAACUUAAAGAAAAACAAAUUCAGAGGACGAAGAGAGGACUGGAGAUCCUGGCAGAGAGAGCUGAGAUGGUAGUGGAUCCAGAAACUACACCGUACUUAGACAUAGCAAACCAGACAGGCCGAUCAAUCAAAAUCCCUCCAUCACAAAGAAAAGCCCUUAUGUUAGCUAUGGGAUAUCAUGAGAAGGGCAGAGCUUUCCUGAAAAGAAAAGAAUAUGGAAUAGCCUUGCCAUGCCUUUUGGACGCUGACAAGUAUUUCUGUGAGUGCUGCAGGGAGCUGCUGGACACUGUGGAUAACUAUGCCGUGCUCCAGCUGGAUAUAGUGUGGUGUUACUUCCGCCUGGAACAACUGGAAUGCCUUGACGACGCAGAAAAGAAGCUAAAUUUGGCCCAGAAAUGUUUUAAAAAUUGUUAUGGGGAAAAUCACCAGCGGCUAGUUCACAUAAAAGGAAAUUGUGGGAAAGAGAAGGUGUUGUUUCUGAGGCUGUACUUGCUUCAGGGGAUCCGAAACUACCACAGUGGAAAUGGAGAAGAGGCCCGCGAGUAUCUCAACAAGGCACUCUGUCUCUUUAAAGAGCUGUACAUCGACCCAUCGAAAGUGCACAACUUGCUGCAGUUGGGGUUCACUGCCCAGGAGGCGCGGCUGGGCCUGCGGGCCUGCGAAGGGAAUGUGGAUCAUGCAGCCACACAUAUUUCCAACCGCAGAGAGGAACUGGCCCAGAUCAGAAAAGAGGAGAAAGAGAAGAAGAGGCGCCGCCUGGAGAACAUCAACUCUCUGAAGGGAAUGGGCUAUCCCACACACGCAGCCAAGCACGCCCUCCACCAGGCCGGCGGGAACCUGGACGAAGCUCUGAAGAUUCUCCUCAGUAACCCUCAGAUGUGGUUAAGUGAUUCAGAUCCUGAAACCAAUAGCCGAGAAAGCCCUUCCCAGGAAAGCAUUGACCAACUGGUGUAUAUGGGCUUUGACACUGUAGUGGCCAAGGCUGCCCUGAAGGUGUUCAGGGGCAACGUCCAGCUGGCAGCUCAGACCCUCGCUCACCACGGAGGAAGCCUUCCUCCUGACCUGCAGUUCUCGGGGGAAGACUCCUCAUCCACGCCAUCCACAUCCCCUUCAGAUUCUGCAGGAACCUCCAGUGCCUCGACAGACGAGGACAUGGAGACAGAGGCUGUCAACGAGAUACUGGAAGACAUUCCUGAGCAUGAGGAGGAUUAUCUUGACUCGACUCUGGAAGAUGAAGAGAUUAUUAUUGCAGAGUACUUGUCCUAUGUAGAAAAUAUAAAGUCAGCAGCGAAGAAAACUAGUGAACAGAAGAAGUACUAAGUUUCUGCUUAUAAAUUCUGUCAUGAAACGUCUCCUGCAGGUCUUCCUUUUGUUCUUGCUUUUCAUCUGAUUUUGCUGCAAGUGUGCUUCCUCCUUUGGGUACAGGAGGGGGCGGGCAGGGACCCUCAGAGGUGAGGCUUGCUGGGCCUGAGGCUGGCCUGGGGAAGGCACUGCCUGGCUCUGCAGCCUGCUCUGCCACUCCCCCUGCUCCAGGUUCUGCACCCCAACUCGGCCCUUUGCUUGAGUUUCAUCCAGCAGGAAGCAGGCUUGCUGCUGGAGAGGGAGCCCCAGGAAGGCCUCAGGGGAGGGGGUGCAGCAGGGAGCGUGACCAGACCUGUCCCUGCUUCCUCACCUGCCUCCUGUGCAGCCUCUCGCUGUGCCUGCUGCUGACACUGUCCUUCCAGUGCAGUGUGGGCCCUGCUUACCCCGCGUGCUCCCACGCCACCCUUGCCACCUGCCCACGGUCAGCCUCUACAUCUUCAUUCCAAGUGCUGUGGGGCAUAAAAAUGAGGCACAGCCUGAGGAGCCAGAUGAAAUGGCACAGAUGUCUUUAUCCUGAAAUGUCAGUGUUUUAUGCUCAGUUCUGCAAAAUUAGCACUUGGAAUUCAAGGUUGAAAAUCAGAUUUAUAUGUAUUCAAAAUUCCUCAUACAAAAUCUUUUAUUAAAUGGGAGUUUUAAAUGCUAACCAAAGCGACUUAUUUUUAACAUUUUUAGACUCUGCUGUCAUAGGAAACUCGCUGUUAGUCGAGACCUAUCAGAUUUAGAUAUAUUUUCCCAAGAUUUCAGUGGGGAUCUUUGUUGUAGCUUGGGGCAGAAGACGUCCUCAAGCCCUGUGGCCAGCCUUCUGUCCGCUCAGAUAACUUCUCACCACGCUGCAUUCCUCUGGAGUGCAGCUGGCAGUAGCCAGCUGAGGAGCACAUCAAGUGCCAGGGGCAUCCCUGAGACCCUCUGAGAGCUGCCAAAGAACCUUUGGUGGCAGGAUGGGCUGCACACUGCCCUUGAGGGUCUGCGGUGGUCGCACCACGCUGUUUGGAGAGCGGAAUCUUGUCAUUCGUUUUCUAUGGAUGGUACCGAUGGAAAUAAACGGUGGAAAGUA